AGACUUGUUAGCCAGCUGAUCACUGAUAGACACGUGAAUCAUACGGUGAACCGGAGUUAACAGAAACAAAGGGCUGUUAGUGUUUUUUUCUAAUUGUUUACAAAAAUGCCGAUUACUUAGAUGAUACAUUCGUCAACGCCAGAAACGUCGAUCAAUGAUCAUCGCUGGAGACAAACAUCGUGCCAUUCCUCUUCCAUGCAUAACUAGUUAACCUCAAAAGCAUCGAUUGCAUUGGCCUUCAGCUGAUCAACUCCGCACUGAUUGUCAUCGACUAAAACAAAUCGAUGUGCGGAAUGACGUUGAAGCUUCCCGUAGACAUUUACGAUUUCUCGGACAAAUUUCCCCCACAAAUUCAAUGGAAAGUUCAAAAGCACAUCACUCAGAACGACGACUUCACUAGGGUUUUCUCCUGAACCUUUUAAUUUGCGUACAAAUGAUGUAAGAUUCGUUGACUUCGUCUGUCAAUAUUGAGUUAUUGACGAUCAAAGACGUUUCGGUCUCGCUCCCCCUCUUAUUAAUGGCCCUGAAAGACCGAAGAAUUGAGUGAAUAAAAGACAAGACGUGAAUGUAUGAGCACAGAUGGAGAAUGCAAAUGACAUAAUUCGCAUGGGCUGUCCAUGCGUCAGUCUGUUCGUUCUCGGUUGCCAGUAUUCAUUGGCAAUUUUCGUUGUGAUGUUCAUAAAUUUCGUGAUUGAAAUAUAACUGGAGAGUCAUGAAUGCCUGGCUGCCUGAUCCCAGAACGUGGUUGUUCUCCGAUGAUGAGGCGAUUACGACACUACAUCGUACAGACUCCAUGGUGUCACUUUGCUACCGGUCUCUUGCCACUUACAUCGCUGAAGAUAAUCUUCAAGGCCUUCAAGGAUUUCUUGAAAUUAAACGCAUUGCCAUUGAUGAUCGUGAUGAGAAUGGCAGUACAGCCCUCAUAUACGCCUCUUCCAAAGGAAAAAUCCAAUUCGUCCGGGAGAUUCUCAACCAUGGAGCAGAUGUCAACGCUGAAGAUGCAGAUAAUUGGACUGCUCUCCUCUGUGCAGCUAAGGAAGGUCACACAGACGUAUGUGUGGAACUGCUGGAUCAUGGGGCAGACCUAGAGCACCGGGAUAUGGGCGGAUGGAGCGCCCUAAUGUGGGCAACCUACAAAGGAAGACUUGCUACUGUCAAAGUUCUAUUAUCCCGAGGUGCUGAUGUCCAUGCUCAUGGCAACUACCACAUUUCUUCGUUGCUUUGGGCGUCGGGCCGCGGGUACAUAGACAUCGUCAAAGAGCUCAUCACGUACGGGGCUAAAGUCAAUGUUGGGGAUAAGUACGGAACCACAGCGCUUGUAUGGGCCUCUCGUAAAGGUAACCUUGAGAUCGUUGAUGUUUUGUUGAAAGCUGGAGCUAAUGUCGACACUGCAGGAAUGUAUUCCUGGACGGCUCUCACCGUCGCAACUCUAGGGAAUUAUGUUGAUACGGUUAUGCUCCUUCUAGAACACAAACCAAAUGUAAAUGCUCUCGAUAAAGAUGGCAAUACAGCUUUGGCGAUAGCCUCUCGUGAAGGCUAUCAUGAGAUAGUCAGCGCUCUGUUGAACGCUGGUGCAUACAUAAAUAUUCAGGAUCGUAAUGGAGAUACGAAUCUCAUUCAUGCGGUGAAAGGCGGUCAUCGAAGUGUUGUAGAAGCUUUGUUGAAGAAAUACGUCGAUGUUGACGUAGCUGGAAAAGAUAAAAAAACAGCAACUUAUAUUGCUGUGGAAAAGGGCAAUUCAACAAUUCUAAAAAUGCUUCUGAAUGCCAAUCCUGAUCUUGAGAUUGGCACAAAGGAUGGGGAUACUCCUUUACUACGAGCUGUGAGAUCCAGAAAUGCUGAAAUGGUUCAGCUACUACUAGACAAAAAAGCGAAAGUAUCGGCAACUGAUAAAAAAGGUGAUAGUGUUUUGCACAUCGCAAUGCGUGCGCGAUCCAAAGCCAUCGUUGAGAUCCUUCUGCGGAAUCCGAAGAACAGCCAAUUGUUAUAUCGACCGAAUCGCCAAGGCGAGACACCUUACAAUAUCGAUAUAAAGCACCCGAAGACAAUAUUAGGACAAAUUUUUGGAGCUAGACGAUUGAAUACUAAUGAGGACAAUGAGAAUAUGCUUGGGUACGAUCUUUACAGCAGUGCACUUGCUGAUAUUCUCAGUGAACCGUCAUUAUCAACACCAAUCACAGUGGGCCUCUAUGCAAAAUGGGGAUCUGGCAAGUCAUUCCUGUUGAACAAAUUACGAGAGGAGAUGAAGAACUUUGCGAAACACUGGAUUGAUCCGACUUUUCAGUUCUCGUCCCUCUUGUUCUCCUCAACAUGUCAUUUAUCGUUGUUUUUUGGAGUUAUGUUGGGGCUUGCAUUGCAGUCUUGGAUCGUCGGUGUGACCUUCGGUGGCGUUUUCUUCUGUACAGUUUACAUUUUCCUGAUUCUCGUAUGGUACGCCCACAAGAAGUACGACUGGUAUUGGCCGUACAAUUUCACUAUAGCCUUGACUAAAAACUUGAAUUCCCUCAAGCUCUUACUGCAAAUCAUAUUCUGCCAUCCACCGGGCGGGCAAAUCAGUACUGAUCCAUCUGACAUAACAGCCACCAUCCAACCUAUUAAAUUUUAUUUCACUGAUCAGACCAGAGUUGGAACGACAGCAGCGGGUGAAAAUGCUGUUGUUCAGAUGGUUGGAUCGUUGUACGAUGCUAUUGAAAAUGAUUUUGGAUCGCUUGCCACGCGUUUGUAUCGCGCAUUUCGGCCGAAACCAGUCAAAUCUACUACUUCAUGGACGUGGAGGCAUCUCUGCUGUCUGCCUUACAUCGUUAUCUUCGAAUUCUGCUUCCUAAGUCUACUCGUUGGGAUAUCAACAUUAACAAUUUACUUGUUGGAUCCUUACCACAGGCCAAGACCUAUACUCAACAUCAAUACGAACUCAUCACGUCUGAAUGAAUCGGUACCACUGCUACCUCCGAAACCUGAAGAGUCCAUCAUCGAUCCCGUGACGGCGUACAUCAUAAUGGGUACUGUUGGCCUCAUCCUAGCCUUCAGCAUAAUCGCUAAUCUCUACACAUGGAGUAGAAUCUUCCACUCGUUACUGUUCUCUCAAAGACGUCAUCUUCAUCGAACCAUAGCCAAGUUGGAUUCCCUGAAGAGCGAAGGAUUCAUUCAGACGUUGAGAUCCGAAGUCCAUCUGAUGACAGAAAUGGUCAAAUGCCUUGAUCGCUUUACAUCCCAGCAGAGCAGGCUAGUCCUGAUUGUCGAUGGACUGGACAGUUGUGAACAGGACAAGGUAUUGCUGGUUCUCGAUGCCAUGCAAGCGCUCUUCAGCGACAAUCACUGCCCCUUCCUUAUUAUCUUAGCCAUAGAUCCUCAUAUAAUAGCUAAAGCAGUCGAGCUCAACAGCCGUCGCAUAUUCGCCGAAUCGAAUAUCGGAGGGCAUGACUACCUUCGAAAUAUGGUACAUUUGCCGUUCUUUCUUCAGAACAGUGGCCUGAGGAAGGUUAAAGUCGCUCAGCAGACAGCUCAAUUCGUUAGUAAGAAGGCCGGUGGUUCUUGGAAUUACGAGACAGCAUGUGCUGAUGACAAUUAUGCGACGACAAGUGCGACGAUUCAGCAUUCGAUAUCCAACAGGCGAUUGAGUACAGAGUCUAGUGUUAUUAUGAACAGCAACGAAAAAUUGAAGCCGCCGAGUAGAAAAGGCAGUCGCAAGAUGCGUCUCAGUGAAUCAAUAGCUUCCAGCAUCGGUAGUAAUUUAAAUCGUUUGGGAGGUGCACAAGAUCUCAAUAAGAUGCUUCUGACUGAUGAUUAUUUCAGUGAUGUCAAUCCAAGGAGCAUGAGGCGGUUGAUGAAUGUUGUUUAUGUGACUGGGAGGUUGUUGAAGGCAUUCCAAAUUGACUUCAACUGGUAUCAUCUAGCCAGUUGGAUCAACAUCACUGAGCAGUGGCCGUUCAGAACGUCCUGGUUGAUAUGGUACUACGAUAUGUAUGAGGAGAACUACGAUGAUUCUACGUCACUGAAGACACUUUAUGAUAAAGUCAGGCCCCAGAUCCCGGUGUUGAAGGAUGCUCAACCAUUAUUGGAGAUGGAUCGGGAUGAGAGGAAGCUAGAUGUCUUUCUGACGUUUCAUCGAGCGAGUCUUCUGGUCAGUGAUAUGAAGAUCUUCCUGCCCUUUACCAUUAAUUUGGAUCCGUACAUCAAAAAGAAGAUUAAAGAGGAGCAGCAAGGCGUCGAGGAGGAUCCUCUGCAUCAGAGUAUUUUGCUUAAUAAUGGAGGACUAUUGUUGAAUAAUCCUUGGCAGAGUGGUGCUAUGACUUCGGGAACUCUUGCGAGUCGUCAUGGGAAGCUGACGAAAGCUCCUAGUCUUCAGGGUUCUAGUAUUCUUCAUUCGCCUAUCCCUCAAAUUCCUAAUCAUUCGGCUUUGAGUCACUGGCCGAUUAUCCCACCGGUUUAUAACUGGGUCCCAGGGUAUCAGCCGAAGGUUCCAUCGGCAAGUAACUCGUUACCAUCGGAUUUGCUGGAUGUGAGACUGUCCAAAGCAUCGGUUCAGGAUGUUUGCAAUCUUCUUGGGAGAAUUGAAGAGUUGAAUCCGAGGAAUCUGGACAUUUACAGGAAUAUAAUUCGAGAGAAUAAUGUCAAUGGGAAAGUGUUGCUGCAUUGCGAGAUGUCGGAGUUGAAGGAGGUGUUGAAGAUGACGUUCGGCGAUUGGGAGCUCUUCCGUAUGCUGAUAACAACACUACGAGAAAAUGAACUGAAAAUGCUGACUGGAGCUCACGAGGAGGGUUCCCGUAGUGUUCGCUUCACUGUUGCUAAUGAACACGUUUCUCAUAAAGAUCAGAGAGUGGAGACUCAUGGAAAUAUUCAGCGUGGUUCGAUGCACAAUGAUAAGGAGAAGUCUACAACCAGAACUGAUGGGCCUUCCAGACGCGAUCAAACCAAGCACUCCGUCAUGGAGAAACAGGUAACCUUGGAAGAGCAGAUGAUCUGCGGUGCUCUCCAAACACUGAAUGAAGAGGCAUGUGAGGAUGUUUUGGACGUUCCCUCUCCGUCUACCAUCCAGCCAGACUCACUAGCAGGGUCCGAUCGUCCGCGUUCCCUCAGCAUCAGCCGAGCCCCAGACACGGACUACGUUCUCCUCCAACCCUCCCCAAUAUUCCACUGGGCGCCAGUGCCAGACGAUCCAGAAAGCUCUGACGAAAGCUCCCACGAUUCUCUUGUUCACCUGCAGCGCACCAACUCCCAGAGAAGUGUCAUCUCCCAGCAGAGUAUCGAAUCAGACGUAGCAGGUCGCAAAUCUAAAUCUAAAAAUCGCCCUCGGUCCAUACUGGCAUCGCCUCCAUCAUCACCAAGGGCAUCCCGUGGAUUACGAUCUACCGACGAUCAUUCUUCCCAGAAAAAUAUCUCCAAAGGUAUCCUGACCAACAGUACCAGUAACAAUUCACUCAGUGGAAGAUCCGUGAGACCCUCGAUGUCUCGUAUUGACGAAAAAUCGGAUAGUAUCGAGAUUAACGUGACAGUUCCUUCACCGGAAGAUCCCCAAGAUCCGGCUGAACUAUCGACUAUUGUGAUUAAUGAUCUCAAUGCGCAGAACGACGAAAGUGAUGACGAGUCGACUCCACUUGUGUCUCAAGUUUCCUCACCGAUAAAUGUUCAGUCUUUCAAUUCGAAGCUCCAAACAGGUGGAUAUUCAGAUAUAAAUCGUCACCAAAUGUCAUGUUCUGCGCUGGGUGUCAAAAGUACCCUUCAAACCAGUGACAAUGGCGAUAAUUUUAUUAAUAAAUACAAAGAUGAUGCCGUGAAACUCGUUAUUCGUGAGACCCUCGAUGGACGACUGCCCCGACAAGACGCAGAGGAUUGGGACAGCCCGGAAACCCCAGUGUAAAUUAAAGUUGCAAUUAAAAUUUGAAAUGAAUCCGGAGAGAUUCACGAAGUUGUGUUAGUAGCUCUCAUCAAUAAUUAAAUAGAUGUUGAUAACUUUAGGUGAUCAGGGGGAAUAUAAUACAGGUCUCUAGGAUGUGGAAGUUGUGAGUGUGAUAGAGAAUGCCGAGGGUCUUAGUAAUCGUUUGGAUUUAUCAAAUGGUUUGUGAUGAAUCAAUCGUACUUACAAAAAAUUAUGAAGGUCAUUGAUAAUUCCCACACGUGCCAAUGAACGUGAGAGAUAACUUCGUAGAGAGAUUGUGUGGAAAACCUUAAUUUUUUUAAUAGAAUAAUUAACGGGAAUUAAUUUUAAGAAACUAACAGAAUGUUCAGUACAAGUUCAAUCGAAAGCCAACAGAAUUUUUUUAGCAAAUCUUAACGUACAAAACAUAACAUAGACAUAGGAUCAACAAAGCUCAAACACCAAAAUUACAACAUUUUUUAAAUUCUAAUUGAAAAAAGAUUAGAUUAUUCUAUGCCAGCCCUCCAUCACUGAAUUAUUAAUCGCGGGAAUAAUUUUAUAUCCAACGAAGAUGUGUUAUUUGACUAUUCAUUAGCUUUAUUGACAGUGAUGACAAGCACACAUUAAGGAAUUAAGUAAUUAUUAGUAUAGCUCAUCUACUUAAUUAAUCAUCGAAUACCGAUACCGAAACUGAAAUAGGUGCACUACUUGUAUUCAUCUAUAUUAUGAGGGACGAAAUUGAAAUUUAUAAAUAUUCUGUGAUUCCGUGUUUUAUUGUUAUAAUUUUUAACGACUAGUGCCUUAAUAAAGUCGAAAUACGCUUUCAA